UCGCUCUAUUACAUAUUAUGUUUUAAAUAAAUGCUAGAUAGGUAAAAUCAUGGAAAUAAAAUUGCCUUUCUCUCCUUCCCAAAACCUGACCAACUUGUCCGGUACUACAAUUAUCAAUAAAGUUUAUUUGAAUGCUCUUUGAAGCCGAAAAAGCAGCCAUGUUGCCCUCACUCUAGUCCUGGAACAUCUUGCGCGCCAAACGACCUUCGCCCAUUCUUUGUGUCACACUCUCGCGACUAUCCCAGACGAUCUCGCGAACUGAAGCCUUUCCCUUGCCAGCAGACGGCGUUUGACGUCACAACGUUCGCUCGGACGACCCGGAGUUGGCUGCGGGAGUGGGGAAUAGCGCGUGCAGCAGCCCAGGCGGGCGGGCCGGUUCUCGCGAGAGUUUGAGGCAAGGCAUCGCGAGAGUUGGCUGAGGUGGGCAGCAGCCGCAGCCGCCAGAGGAGCCAAAGAGGGAGGGGAGAGAGGCAGGGCGUGAUGGCGGCCAAGCGGGGCCGGUGGCGGCCGGGACUGAAGAGGGGGCGGCGAGAGAUGCGGCAGCAGCAGCCGGGGGUGGAGCGGCGCUGCAGGGCGGGCCGGGCUUGGAGCGGCAGGUGGUGCUGCUGAGAGAGCCUCGGAGGCAGCCAGAGGGCCAGGCCGGGCGCCAUGAGCCAGGGCAGCGGAAGCGGCGGCGGGGAGCCUGAGGCCAAGGCCCUCCACACCAAGCGACUCUACCGAGCGGUGGUAGAAGCAGUGCAUAGAUUGGAUCUCAUUCUUGGAAACAAGGCAGCUUAUCAAGAAGUAUUUAAACCAGAGAAUAUCAGCCUGCGAAACAAGUUACGUGAAUUAUGUGUGAAGCUGAUGUUCUUGCACCCGGUGGAUUAUGGGAGGAAAGCGGAGGAAUUGCUCUGGAGGAAAGUUUACUACGAAGUCAUCCAGCUCAUUAAAACAAAUAAGAAGCACAUUCAUAGUCGCAGUACCCUGGAGUGUGCCUACCGUACUCACCUUAUUGCUGGCAUUGGAUUUUACCAGCACCUUCUCCUCUACAUUCAGUCUCACUAUCAGCUCGAACUCCAGUGCUGUAUUGACUGGACACAUGUAACAGAUCCCCUGAUAGGCUGCAAGAAACCUGUGUCUGCAUCGGAGAAGGAGAUGGAGUGGGCUCAGAUGGCCUGCCACCGGUGUCUGGUUUAUCUUGGAGAUUUAGCUCGGUAUCAGAAUGAAUUGGCGGGUGUGGACACAGAGUUGCUGGCUGAGAGGUUUUACUAUCAGGCCCUUUCUGUUGCACCGCAGAUUGGUAUGCCCUUUAAUCAGCUGGGGACACUGGCUGGGAGUAAAUACUACAACGUGGAAGCCACUUACUGCUACCUGCGCUGUAUCCAGUCUGAAGUGUCCUUCGAAGGUGCUUAUGGGAACCUCAAACGUCUUUAUGACAAGGCUGCCAAAAUGUAUCACCAGCUGAAGAAAUGUGAAACCAGGAAACUGUCACCAAGUAAAAAGAGGUGCAAAGACAUAAAAAGGUUACUGGUGAGCUUCAUGUACCUGCAUAGCCUCCUGCAGCCAAAGAGCAGUUCUGUGGACUCUGAACUUACGUCUCUCUGCCAGUCAGUCCUGGAGGAUUUCAACCUCUGUCUGUUCUACUUGCCCUCUUCACCCAACCUGAGCUCUGUCAACGAUGACGAAGAGGAAUGUGAGAAUGGCUACUCCUUCCUGCCAGACCUCCUUAUCUUCCGUAUGGUCAUUGUCUGCCUGAUGAGCGUUCACAGCCUCAAGAGGGCAGGCUCCAAGCAGUAUAGCGCAGCUAUCGCUUUCACGCUGGCUCUCUUCUCACACCUCAUCAACCACGUCAACAUUCGCUUGCAGGCAGAGCUGGAAGAAGGUGAGAACCCAGUUCCAGCCUUCCAGAACGAUGGUGCAGAGGAGCCAGAGACCAGAGAGUCAUGCAACUCCGUCGAGAGGGAAGCUGAGGCAGACCUGGCCAACCACCAACCCAGCGAGGAGCAGAGGAAGAGUGAGAGCAAAAGGGGCAAGAAGUACUCUCGCCUCUCUUGCCUUCGCCGCCGCCGGCAUGCCCAGAAGGUGGACGAGAGUGACCUGAGCGAGGGCUUUGACUCCGAUUCCAGCCCCGAUUCCACCAAGGGCAGCGAUGGCUCUGAGACAGGCUCCGAGAAGAGCGACGAGGAAGCCGAGGCAGCUUUCGAUAUGGAGACUGACUCUGACAUGAACAGCCAGGAGUCCCGCUCGGACUUGGAGGAUAUAGAGGACGAGCCGGAUGCAGAAGGGGGAAGCCAAGCAAGGAGCAUGAGGAACGGAGACCGGGAGACCUUAGGCUCUGUGGAAAGUGAAGGGAGGCUGGUGGACUCCAAAAGCCCUGGCAUCACCAAGACUGAGCCCUCGGAGCCGGUGGCCAAUGGGCCAGGCUCUCUGGGCACCAGUGAAGCCAGCAUAGCCAGCAACCUCCAAGCCAUGUCCACGCAGCUCUUCCAGACCAAGCGUUGCUUCCGACUGGCCCCCACAUUCAGCAACGUCCUCCUCAAGCCCAACUGUGAACCACCCGCACAGAAGGAAGCAGCGGACAGCAGGCCUUGUGUCAACGGGGACAUGGAGAAGCCUGGCAUGGCGGAGCAAGAUGAUGCUUCAGAGUCCGAAGAAAGUGUUGCAAGUAACAAAUCGUGCAGGAACGAGCGUUCUCUCCAGGAGAAGCUGGAGAUCAUAACCAAGGAGGGGCUGCUGCCGACUGUCAAGGUCUUCCUGGACUGGCUGAGAACAAACACGGAUCUUAUCAUUAUGUGUGCACAGAGCUCUCAGAGUCUGUGGAACAGACUGUCUGUCCUUCUGAACCUACUUCCUUCUGCUAGAGACUUGCAAGACUCAGGGCUGGUCUUCUGCAAUGAGGUGAAGAACAUGUUGCCAGGGUGUGAGCUUCCAGACCUGAGCUCCUGCUUGCUCCUUCCGGAAGACGUGGCCCUCCGUAACCUUCCCGCACUGAAGAACGCGCACAAGAGGUUUAAUUUUGAGCAGGACAGACCUGUGCUUUCAGAAGUGGAGGAGUCAGUGGUUCGCAUCUGCUGCAUCCGGAGCUUUGGCCACUUCAUCACCCACUUGCAAGGCAGCAUCCUGCAGUUCAACUCUGAAGUCGGGAUCUUCAUCAGUAUCGCUCAGUCCGAGCAGGACAAUUUGCUGCAGCAGGCCCAGGCCCAGUUCCGCAUGGCUGCUGAGGAGGCACGGCGGAACAGGCUCAUGAGAGACAUGGCUCAGCUUCGGCUGCAGCUGGAGGUGUCGCAGUUAGAAGGGAGUCUCCAGCAGCCCAAAGCGCAGUGUGUCAUGUCCCCCUACCUAGUCCCCGACACCCAAGCGCUCUGCCAGCACCUCAGCACCAUCAGGCAACUGGCCACCAGUGGAAGGUUUAUCGUCAUCAUCCCACGGACAGUAAUUGAUGGCUUGGACUUCCUGAAGAAAGAGAAUGCAGGAGCUCGCGACAGUAUCCGAUACCUGGAGGCAGAAUUCAAAAAGGGAAACAGGUACAUUCGCUGCCAGAAAGAAGUGGGGAGGAGCUUCGAGAGACAUAAGCUGAAGAGGCAGGAUUUGGAUGCCUGGAACCUCUAUAAAAUACUGGACAGCUGCAAACAGCUGACAGCGUCACAAGGGGGCAGUGAAGAUGACACCACUGGGAUGGUGACCAUUAUCACAGGCUUGCAGGUGGACGACGCAGGCAAACUUUCAGCACCCAUGCAGUCUGCGAUCCAGGCAGCAGCCAAUGCCAGCGUCGAGGUGAAAAAUGUUCUGGAGUUCUUCAAGCAGUGGAAGGAAAUGGGUUGAGGAACACAGGAGCCGCUGGGUUGGUUGAAGCUUUGUCUCCUCGUCUCGGGACGCGCAGCGUUGGAACGCAAGAAGUCAAAACAACAGGCGCUCUUUGGACACGAAGCCGCAGCAGCAGCAACAACCCAUGAAAACGAGCAAGUCGGGCGUGCACACGGAACCCACAGGCGCACGUGCGCACCCCGCCAUCACCUCCCCCUCUCACAGAACAGGUGGCAUUCGUGACGAACAGUGCAGCCGCUCUGAGAAGAGAGACGUAUCUCGGCCGGAUGGAGGAGAGAUGGUCUCCUUUCUCCCAGCUGAUGGAGACAGGCGAGGUUGGCGAGUGGGAGGGGAUCCGUUCAUCUCCACUAAGCCUGCUCGAUUUCUCAUCUUUGGAAAUCCGCAGGCCGCUUUUUUGGUUUUUUUUGUUUUGCCUGCGCUUAAACAAGAAAGAAAGAGAAUUUCAUGAUACUUGAUGUCGCAUCCAUGCUGUGGAAACAGGAGGCUGAAAGAGCCAGUGAUCCUGAGACAGGGGACCAGGAUUUGCAAAUGGCUUGGGGGGGAGGGGACUGGUGAUGGGGGAAGUGGACACAUUAUCGUUUUUCCCAUCCUCCCUGCUUUUAAAAAAAGAAAUGCCUGCUGCCUUGGUUUUUCUUCCCCCUUUAGAAAGGGUUCUGGACUUUCAAAUGUUUGAAAGAUUUAAAAGCAACAAGGAAACCAUGAUAAGCAAAAACAACGAUAAAAGGCUCUUUAUAUGGGGAGUUUUAGGAAGAAAACUUAUUUAUUUCCUUUUUCCUUACUGGGGCUGAGAGAGGGAGAAGAGUUUGGUGUAAAAAGAAAAAAGUGACUUCUCUGUUUGCCUCCUUUUUCCGCGCCUUGCCUCUCUGUCCAAAAUCUUGUGGGUUUUUUUUUCUUUUCCCCCCUUUUUGCUUUUAUUGUAAAUUGUUGACAUGUUUUUGUGAGUGGUGACGUAGAUCCGGCUUGGGCUGCUUGGACAGGGAGUGCAGACAUCUCCUUUUUACCCCUCUCCUAAACCUGGGGUUAAAUGAAAAUGUAAGCAUGGUGCUAACCCACCACCACCCUUCUAUUCCCCUUUUGGCUGGGAGCAGUGACUAGAAAAGUGGCUGGAUUUGGUUUCAGGUUUUUUGGAAAUACACAGAGGCAGAUUUGACCCCCAAGAAACCUCUCUCAGGUGGCUUCCUGUGAAAGACACGAGUGAUGCUAAGCCACUUGGGGAGGAAAGAAGGUAAUCUGUCAAAUAAGGUUGGUCGGGAGAAACCCUGAUCAGGCGGAACUCUUGCUGCCUGAGAGCCUCUUGGGUCUUCCCACCUGUGCCUGUCUCCUGAAGGGAGAGAAGGAUCCCAACAGGAUGAGCAUUGCCCUGCAGUCAGGGCUCCAGAGUGGGAUUCUCCACGUUCAUUGGUCUGCAGAGGAAAUAAAAGUGUCUCCAAGUAUCCUUCCUCUCACAGUACAGACUUUUUGCUAGUGUCAGUAUUUCCGGGGAAGCUUGCCUCAGAAAGGGGUGAUACUGCAACGGCAAAGCAUCCCUUAAGGAAGCCAAGUUCUCAGGCAUCUGGGGGCCAGGUAUCACUUGUCCUACCCAUUAAGCGAAGUUCCUUGUGCCCUUUGCCCCUCCAGCUUUUCUACAAUAGGAAGAAGAUGCUAAGAGAACAGUGAUGACCCCAGUUUCCAUCCAUUCCAAUUCCCUUUCCAAGCCGGUUAAAGAAGGCCAAAUUGCCUAGUGCAAACCCAGGUGUACUACUUGCCUGUUUUUUUUUAAAAUGCAUUUUCUCUCCGCUUCCACUUGCCCCACUUUCAUUCAUUCUGGGGAGAGAACCAGGUAGAUCCUGGGCCUUUGUUGGCACCAUGUGCCAUCCAGUGGCACCGUCUUGGACAACAGCAAAGCUUUUUCAUAGUUCAUAUGGCCUUUGGCCUUCUGUUUCUGCUGCUCUUCCUAAUAGGCUUGUUUCCCUGUGCUUUUGCCGACAAGUAGGCAUUAAAUCCUCUGUCUCCCUGUGCGGUGUUGAACCCUCUGUCCACAUCUGACAAAGAGACAUGGAGAGCAGAAACUCCGCUGCUUCUGUUCUCUUGGCAAGACUUUGCUGAAAGCACAAAGAGUUGGGCCCUGUGGAAUCCGGUCAGUGCGCCUUUCCCCUGACGUAGGCAGGGAAGUAUCCUGGUGCCCAGGGGAAGGUGCUACAGAUAGCAAGGCGAAUCUGUAGGCUCCAACCUGGGAUUUUCACAGCUGUGUCACUAGUCCUCUUUCCACAUUGAAAGUAUUUAUUCCUGGCUUGGCUUAAGGGGGUGGGAGGGGAGAAGCCGACUGAGGUGAGGGUAGGAGUAUGUGUCCUCCACAUAGCAAGAGAAGGAGAAAUGCCCAUCAGCAUAUCUAGAGAGCACAGGCUACAGAAGCCCGAACUCAUCAAAAGAGACUUCUUGAAAACUGAGUUCAGCUGAAGACAGGGGAAAUGUGUGUGUAUGUGCGUGUGCAUGAGGUAACAGAGAAAGGGAAUUUUUUUUUUAAAAAAAAGGCUUGCACAGCUUGUGUACUAGCAAGCCAUGUGUAGCCCUCUAGCCAUGAGGAACAGGGUAAGGCUCUUCUGUUUGACUGCCAGCUUUGGGUCGGCAAAAACACCCCGGAGGCCCCAGUUUGUUGCCGGCUGGCUUGGUAGGUCAGGUCUGGUGCAUAUAUUUGCAGAGUUUACUGAUUUUUUUUCUUUUUUUUUUAAAUUAAAAAUAUUGCCAUAAUAAACAUACUUUUAAGAAGAAGUGAAUGUGCGAAGUGGGUUCUAUGAAGGCUUUGUCUGCAGUGAGCUGCCUUGAGGUGAAUUCCUAACAAUCUAAAGCCAUGAUUCUCUUAAAGUGACGGUAGGCAAAAAGGCCUUCAUUGACAGUUGGGCAGAGCCCCUGGUAUGCGCAUUCCAGGAGGGCCUGAGCUGGUCCUGGCUUAAUUGGGAGUGGGUGGGGCUUUCUAGAAAUACAGACUUGGCAAGAGCUUGCUCAUUAAGCAUGUGAGUUUGUGAGGAGGCUCUUUAACUGCUGCUCUUCACCGUUCUGAUCGGAAAGUCUUCCCAAGGGUGUGGUGGGGGGCAGCCCACGUGUCUCCUCGAGAGGGGGUUGUUGGGCCAUACACUUAAAAAAAAAAUCACAGCCCUUGCAGGUUGUUUCAGAUGUAUGCUCCUUAAUUACUUUGAAACUUGUCUCCAUUUUUUAAACAAUUCAAGUUUACCCAGAGCAUAACUCUGUCAGGUUGAUGAUCCUAAAGCAGCAUUUUGAAUUCUAAAGGCUUGCUGGGGAGCACUUACGGCUGCUGAGUGACAGGUUUAGGAGUCAUGCGAUGUCUGACCUCUGCUACCGUUCUGCCAAAUUCUCAACUGGCGGGAGCUUCUCCAGCACCAUCAGUGCCGCAUCUGAACCGAGACCAGUUUCCACCAGCAAGUAAUUUUGGCCUUCAGAUUUCAGAAACCCAGCUCAGGUCUAUCUCAAAAAGUUCAGCAACAGAUGCUGGCAGGGGAGCAGUCUUUUUUUCCUAGAACUAGGAAGGGAAGUAGGUUAUAAGUAAGGGAAUUGCCAUCUCUGCUGUUAUUCCCUUAGACUGCUGUACAAUGGAGCCAGGAAGCAAACAGCCUUUUUGGUUUCAGCUGAAAAGUCCUUUCUGGGUACCCUGCUGUUGUCUUUUUUUUAGCAGCCCCCCCCCCAAAAAAAAAAAAUCAGUAGGGAUUUGUUCAGCAGGUUUUAAUGCUGACCGAAGUCCACAGUUGAUGCUUGUCUGACAAAUGAUUAACAUCUAAUUUAUCCCAAGAAGCAUUAGCUAUGGAAGCCAUAAAGUAUGUGAGAAGCCCCUUUUAGACAGGCUGGCUCCCCUUGAUGUCAGCACUUGGCAAGCACCAGGUUCUGAAAAGCACACUGAAGGAAAACAUCUGGAUCUACCCUUUUGGAAAACAUCUCUGUAACCAGCCACUUCCUAUAGGGCUACCAAGCUCUUCCUAUUGAGAGUUAGAUAACUCCAGCUAACUAAGCAGGAAGAGAAGAAACCAAUGUUUAAAAAAGAAAAAGGGGUUUGAAUUGUCCACCUUCAAUGCUUUGGGGUAGUGGGCUUUUGGUUGUUGCGGGGUGGUGGUGGUGGUGGUGGUGUGCUGCCUGCCAGGUCAUUUGUCUUCAUUUUGAGAUUAUUAAAUUUACCCAGACCUUAACCCUUGUCACAUUGGUGAUUUGUUGCCAUGGUGUUGUUUGGAAGUCUUAAGAUCUAAAUCUAGUGCCUGGGAGGCAGGAUGAGUGUUGUGUGCUUUUGCAUGAAAAAGACUGGCUAUCUGUGAAAACAGUGGGUGGGAUCGCCUGGCUCUGUUCCACUACCUGAUGCUUUUCCCUGGUGCAAGGACCUUUCCCUUAACAAGAAAGCCUCUCGAGUCAGAGGACAGCUCCUUGCCACUGGGGAGAAGACUACCAUUAGCCAAACAGGACUCUGGGAUCCAUCCCACUGUUGGAAACAUGAGGUGCUGAUGUGUUCAUUGUUAGCAUGUGAGAGGGAAGUCCAGGUUUCCCCACAGGAAAGGGAACUGGCUGCCAGUCACAACUCUGCUUCCAAAUACUUGGUCUUCACAGUAAAUGAUGAACACGGAGGGGAUUUCAAAAGGGCAACAUGCUCUGUGGGAGGUGCGCGCGCGCAUGUGCUUACAAGCAGCCACUUGAUGCGCAAUGAGUUCAUGGCCCCAGGCACCGUUGCUAAACUAACUGCCGUACAUGAACGUACGUGAAGCUCUUUCAUGAGUGGGGGUGGCAGGAGGAGGAAGCAAUGUACUCUGGCCCCUGAUUUCAUAACACACCUUGACUGUGAUUGGUUGGAAUGCAUCAACUGGCUUAAUAAAAACGCAAGAUGUUUGUAAAUCUUUA